UUUUGGCAAAACCCUCCGUAAGUUAGACCCCAGUUUUGUCUCAUCGCUUCGCAACCUCAUUAGCACCCCAAUCUAAUGAGACCCAGCAGUAGAAUGGCAACAUUUUUACUGAUUUCCUGCUUGAUUUCGGCGUUGGUGGCAUCCGGCAGCACGUUGGACGUUCUGACCUUCCCGAAUGGCAGCACUAUUGUGGCCGAAAAUCAACGCAAUGUUCAUCUCCUGUGUCAACUGCCCGAAGAUCAACCGAUUGACUUUUGCGUUGUGAACGUUCCGGGGGUAAAAGCUCGAUUUGCAAGUAGCGAGCGUCUGCCGAUUCCCGUGGAGGGAAUUACCUUCUAUGGAGAUGGCUGGAGCAAGGGAUCCUGUGGAGUGACAUUGGCCAAGAUCAAGUCGGAGAACGAUGGAACAUUCGAGUGUUCGGUGUCUGUGCAGGGAAAACUCUAUAAGGGGACGAUCGAUAUCGCUGUUAGAGAUCAGGUUCCUCCGGUUGCUCCAGUGAUUGAAGUCAUUAAUGCAGGUAACGAAGCUGCUGGUGAACCAUUCACAGCUAGAUGUGUCUCACGAGGUGGCUGGCCUGGUGCUACACUUUCCUGGUAUCUGGAUGAAACACCGGUUUCGGAAGAAAUUGGUGCCGUAUUUUCCGCAAGUUACAACUACAAAACAACCGUUCAACAAUUCUUCCGAAAGACGGUUUCAACGGCGGAUGAUUCCAAACAGCUCAAAUGUCGCGCAGAGCACUCUGCUUACCCGAACGGAUACAUGGAAGUGACUUUGCCAAUCGGAAUGCGUCAAGCUCCUUCUCAGGAAAUCGCAGCUGUUGCCGGAAGUGCUAAAUUGGGCGAUACGGAAUCCGAAUUCAAAAUGGGAUCCGAUUUAACGAUCGAUUGUAUCGAUGGAGAAGGCAGAUCGGCGGCCAAUUUCCUCUGGUUCUUGGACAACCAACCUAUCUAUGAGGGACUUCUGAAAAGUUCAGUAGGUAUUUCGACUGAGCAAGCACUUCAAAAGCAACUGAGCGCCAACGAUAAGGCCAGUACGCUUACUUGCAAAGCACGUCAUCCAACUGGAGUAGCUGACACUUGGCUCAAGAUUGCAACUUUGGAAUAA